AUGGACGAUGAAGUGCGGAAGAUCUUCAACAAAUUCGAUAAGAACGGCGACGGGAAGAUCUCGCGCGCGGAGCUCAAGGAGAUGAUGCUGGCGCUCGGAUCUAAGACGACGUCGGAGGAAGUUAAUCGAAUGAUGGCGGAGGUUGACCAGAACGGCGAUGGUUACAUUGAUCUGAAAGAGUUCGGAGAAAUACACACCGGCGGUGGUGACACUUCAGAGCUCCGAGAGGCGUUUGAGAUGUACGAUUUGGACAAAAAUGGACUGAUCUCGGCGAAGGAGCUGCACGCGGUGAUGCGGCGAUUGGGGGAAAAAUGUUCUCUUAACGAUUGCCGGAAGAUGAUCGGAAACGUCGACGCUGAUCGCGAUGGUAAUGUAAAUUUUGAAGAGUUUAAGAAGAUGAUGAGUGGCUCCUAA